UAUCUGCAUGCCCUCGAACCAAUUUUCGAAUCACUUAUUCCACUCGUUUGCUGGCAGAUCCAAAACGGCAUUUUUGAAUGCGUCAACUGCUUCUUGUGGUGACUGGACCUUUGACCACGCAGUCUGUUUUUAAUUUUCGGGAAAGUAAUGAAAUCAUCGGGACUAUAUGGAGAAUGGUCCAAUAAUUCCACGUUUUCUUCCGUUAAAUACUGCGUUGUUUUUUGGGCUGUGUGCGAGCUUGCAUUGUCU